AUGUUUCGCGUCACCGUUUCCAGAGUUCGAGCUGCUGCUAUUGCUCCUUGCCGGCGAGCGUCGGCCGGCGCCGGUGCCGUCAACAGGCUCCUGAGCAACAUCCCCGAGGACACCGUCUACGGAGGGCCAAAGCCCCAGACCGUGAGCCAGAGGACCACCCUCACCAACCUCCGUCAGAAGUAUCGCAGGGGGGAGCCCAUUACAGUCGUCACGGCGUACGACUACCCUUCCGCCGUCCAUGUCGACACAGCGGGAAUGGACAUCUGCCUAGUGGGGGACUCCGCCGCCAUGGUGGUUCACGGCCAUGACACCACUCUUCCCAUCUCCCUAGACGAGAUGCUUGUCCACUGCCGGUCGGUUGCCCGCGGCGCCACCAGGCCACUCCUCGUCGGCGACCUGCCUUUCGGCUCCUACGAGUCCUCUCCUUCUCAGGCAAGGCGUAACUACGGCUCUUCCCGAUUGCUCUUCCCUUUUUUAAGCCGCGGAUCAUCCAGAGUGGAACUUGGUUGUGUUCGGGGUUGUCUAGGCCGUGGACUCGGCGGUGAGGAUGCUCAGAGAGGGAGGAAUGGACGCCAUCAAGCUGGAAGGGGGAGCGCCGUCCAGGAUCACGGCAGCCAAGGCCAUUGUGGAGGCAGGAAUCGCCGUCAUGGGGCACGUCGGCCUCACCCCGCAGGCUAUCAGCGUGCUGGGUGGCUUCAGGCCUCAGGGGAAGAAUGUCUCCAGCGCCGUUAAGGUCUACACGACAUAGAUUUCUCAUGUUGCAAUGAUCUGACGAGCAGGACUAAUCCAACGAUUCCAGAGAUCGAAUCGCUUAUGGGGUGUCCUUGUGCAGGUCGUAGAAACUGCCCUUGCGUUGCAAGAGGCGGGAUGCUUUUCAAUCGUCUUAGAAUGCGUGCCUGCACCAGUGGCUGCUGCUGCAACUUCAGCUCUUCAAAUUCCUACAAUUGGCAUUGGAGCUGGCCCUUUCUGCAGUGGGCAGGUUGGUUCCUCAUUCCAAUCCCAUCUCUGUUGCGAUGACCCAAAAAAAAAAAAUAUAUAUAUAUAUAUACCUGCCUAUAAUGAGAACACUGUGGACUCGUUCUACCAUUAUCUAAACUGCAGCAUACCAUCCGAAAUCAAGCUUGAGCAUCUGACCUUAAUUAAGAAAGCAUUCCUCUUUCCUCGUUUAGAUGCUCACUGUCGAUUUUUAUCUUCCUCUAAUUACUUCCACAUGGUUAUAAAUCUUGCUGGAUGAUGGUUUUUCCUAUUCCCAACCAUAAUACUAGAUAUUGUGAAAAGAUGUUUCGUUUAGCUGUGAAUAUGUCCUGCUCCGGGGAUUUUGAUGAAAUGCUCAGCAUCUGGCGGGAGAAACUUUUCAUAGAGUCAAGGGAAGGAGCCUCGCCGCCAGAACUUAAGUUUAAAUUCUUAAUUGGGUAUUACCCAAUUUUAAUUAUCAGGGAUUCGAGGUUUAACAAUAAUAAGCAAAGGGCUGAAGAGUAAUACUUACCCAGCGAUCUAAAAAACGCAGAGACUGCCUUUUUCUGACCCUGAUGAGUGUCAACUCGGGUUCUGCCAAUCUGAUAGCUAUAGGAAAGAUAUAGCUUUCACAUGGGCUUUCCAAAGGCAAGGCACAGUGAUUCAGCCCGUGGUUAGUUCUUAGCUUCUCAUCUUUUUUCACGUUUAAACUUCACACUGGCCAUUAUAUCUCGGUGAGAUCCCUGCAGAUAUUUGCUGAUGGUGAGAGAUAGAGCGUCCUGAAGGCGACUGAAAUUUUAUUAUCCCUCUUUGAGGAACCUUGGCAGGAGUGGGGGAGUCUUGGUAUCCAUGCGUUGGCAGCUAAAUGCUCGGGAGUAAAACAGCAGAGAAUCAGGCUUUGUAGAAUCCUUCGAAUUUGUAUGUCUGUUCAUGAAUCCCUGGAUAACCUCCAAGUUUUGUUAGCGUAGUUAACAUUCUCAUGGAGUCUGUUUCUGCUUCUGCUCGAGUUUCUAAACAAGAACAAGAUAAAUAUUCUACUCUUUCACCCACGCCGAUUACAGGGUUGCCCUCGAAGGAUUUCUUAUAGAUUUAUCAUGGAAGUGUUGAUUUGCCACGAUGUUAUCCUGGAAGUGUCGCUUGAUCCCAUUCCCAUCUGGUACUUUCAAGAGAUGGAGAAUGAAAAGUGGAAGAUGGUUGUCUCCCGGGGGAAUUUAUUUUAUAAAUUAACUCGUCUUCGAUGAUAGGAAAACAAAAUAAGGCAUUUUUAGGCGAAAAUUCAUGAUAAAAUAUAUUUAGCUCUCUUUUUGUGAGUGUAAUUGUUUAAAACUCUGAAUUGUAGAAUCUAUAACCUAUUGUAGGCUUGAUCUUCCCAUUAGUUCAGCUGAUGCAAUCCAAAAUUGAUGGAUCCUGGUCCUGCUCUUGAAGCAUAAUGAUGAUGUUUGCUGUGAAAAUGGUAGACAUUAUAGGUGAUGUGUACUGAGUUCUUGCACUUUUGGGAAUUUCUGAUAGUCGAGACUAAUUUAGCAGAUAGUUUUUUUCUUGGAGAUUUCUUUUAUCAUCUCUUUGGGUUCCUGUGUGUAUAAAUUCCUGAGCAAAUACGAUUUUUCGAAUACAGGUGCUGAUCUACCAUGACCUGUUGGGCAUGUUUCAACACCCUCACCAUGCCAAGGUGGCCUCCACCCCUCUCUCUCUCUCUCUCUCUCUCUCUCUCUAUCGGUACAUAUAUUUUUCUCUCGUGUAUUUCUGAAGAUGGCUUCUGCCAUCGCGUUUUGCAGGUUUCUCCAAAGUUCUGUAAGCAGUAUGGGAAUGUGGGCGAUGUGAUCAACAAAGCACUUCUGGAAUACAAACAAGAGGUGGGGAGUAAAUCGUUUCCAGGCCCUCGGCACACGCCCUACAAGAUCAACGCAGACGAUGUCGCCGGAUUCCUCGACGAGCUCCAGAAGAGGGGGUGGGGUGAAGCUGCUACGGCUGCAGCCGCUGCAGUCCAGACCAUGGACAUCUCCCCCAAGCCGUUAGAUUGA